CUACAAGUCCCAGGGGGCCUGGCGGCGGGCGGCGGACGGAAGAGGCGGGGUCAGCGCCGCGAGGCCGGAAGUGGCCGUGGAGGCGGAAGUGGCGCGGCCGCGGAGGGGCCUGGAGCACGGCGGCGGGACCCGGAGCGGGAGCGGCGGCGGCGGCUGGGGGCGGCGGUGGCGCUCUAGGGGCUGCCAUGGCAAAGCAGUACGAUUCAGUCGAGUGCCCCUUUUGUGAUGAGGUGUCCAAAUAUGAGAAGCUCGCUAAGAUCGGCCAAGGCACCUUUGGGGAAGUGUUUAAGGCGAAGCAUCGCUUCACUGGCCAAAAAGUGGCUCUGAAGAAAGUACUGAUGGAGAACGAGAAAGAGGGGUUCCCCAUUACAGCCUUGCGGGAAAUCAAGAUCCUCCAGCUUCUAAAACAUGAGAAUGUGGUGAACUUGAUUGAGAUCUGUCGAACCAAAGCUUCCCCCUAUAACCGCUGCAAAGGCAGUAUAUACCUGGUGUUUGACUUCUGCGAGCAUGACCUUGCUGGGCUGCUGAGCAACGUGUUAGUCAAGUUCACACUGUCUGAGAUCAAAAGAGUCAUGCAGAUGUUGCUCAACGGCCUCUACUACAUCCACAGGAACAAGAUCUUGCAUAGGGACAUGAAGGCGGCCAAUGUGCUCAUCACUCGAGACGGGGUCCUGAAACUGGCAGACUUUGGGCUGGCUCGGGCCUUCAGUUUGGCCAAGAACAGCCAGCCCAACCGCUAUACCAACCGGGUGGUGACGCUCUGGUAUCGGCCCCCGGAGCUGUUGCUUGGGGAGCGGGACUACGGCCCCCCCAUUGACCUCUGGGGUGCUGGGUGCAUCAUGGCGGAGAUGUGGACCCGCAGCCCUAUCAUGCAGGGCAACACGGAGCAGCACCAGCUUGCCCUCAUCAGCCAGCUCUGUGGCUCCAUCACCCCCGAGGUGUGGCCAAACGUGGACAAGUACGAGCUCUUUGAGAAACUGGACCUAGUCAAGGGCCAGAAGCGGAAGGUGAAGGACAGGCUGAAGGCCUACGUGCGUGACCCCUACGCCCUGGACCUCAUUGACAAAUUGCUGGUGCUGGAUCCCGCGCAGCGCAUUGACAGCGACGACGCCCUCAACCAUGACUUCUUCUGGUCUGACCCCAUGCCCUCGGACCUCAAGGGCAUGCUGUCCACCCACCUGACGUCCAUGUUCGAGUACCUGGCGCCGCCACGCAAGAAGGGCAGCCAGAUCGCCCAGCCUUCCACCAACCAGAGCCGCAAUCCCACCACUACCAACCAGACGGAGUUCGAGCGCGUCUUCUGAGGGCCGGCCGUGGCUGCUUCCUGUUAGGGCCCGAUGUGCUUUCCUUCUGCGGUGUAACUCACCCCGUGGAGAGGAUGGGGCGUUUGAGUGUGUUCUCUAGUGCAGAUUUUCUGUAAUCCCCCCUGGGCGUGGGGAAUGCCAGCUGAAUGGACUGGAGCAAAGCGUUGGCGGAGAGUCCAGGAGGGCCCUGGCGCCGCCUCCCCUGGGUCCCUGGCCUGCCGGCGUACGACCGAGGGUGCCGUGUACCUUAGCACAGGAACAGGCCAAGGGGAGCAGUGCACCCCACCAGUGACUUUGUACGUUCCCGGUGUGAUGGGAGGAGGGGCCAGGUCCCUCGCCUGUCCCCGGUUUUUCUCUUGGGAUGAGAAACUUGUGUUGGGGGGCAGCCAGCCAGGGACGCGGGCUGCUCUUGGCCUGACCCCGAGAAGCACCGGGGCCAGCAAAAACUUGGUUUCUUCGGUAGGAGAAUUUUAUCAUGUUUCUUUUACUCAGUUGUGUAGAGACGUUUUUGGACAGUUGACCCAGUUACAAUUAAAGUUGGCUCCUUUUCUCUGUUUUUCAGCAA